AUGGCCGCCCAGUCCACCUUACGCCAGCCUCAUGACCCUCUCUUAGCACUCUACGACCAUUAUGCGACGCGCCUCAAGUCCCGCGUCCGCAGCGCUUCGAAGGUCACGAAGCUUCUGACUACCAUCACCCUUCUACUCACCAUCAUAGGCGCGGGAUAUGGAGGUACCCGAUGGUACAAGAGCCGGCGCGCAGAGAAAGAGACUGGCCGACGCUUGCUGAGGAGGAACUCCGGACUCAAGAACAAAGACGGCUCCAGGACAAUAUACGUUCCCUACCGCGACUCGACGUCCAAAGUAGUCAUCCAUCCCACCAAGCAAACCACAUUCGAUGCUCAUCGUAGACUUUUCCUCCAGCCCCCACGCGCAGCCCGCAUCGCUGAUACCACGUCGAGCGAUCCGCAAGCGCCGCCGCCACAAACGAAGCCGGGUCUCAAUCUGGCCUUCCUACACCAGUUUCUGAGCCUGUUGAACAUCAUGAUACCGCGUUGGAACAGCAAGGAGACGGGUCUCUUGGUCAGCCAUAGCGUCUUCCUCAUGCUGCGGACAUAUCUCUCCCUCGUCGUAGCGCGUCUCGAUGGAGAGAUUGUGCGCGAUCUCGUCGCGGGCAAUGGAAAGGCUUUCUUGUGGGGUAUAGUCCAAUGGCUGGGUGUCGGCACGUUUUCCUCGUACACAAAUGCCAUGAUCAAGUUCUUGCAGAGCAAGGUUUCCAUCGCGUUCCGGACACGGCUCACGAGAUACAUUCACGACUUGUACCUGAAUGACCACUUGAACUACUACAAGCUCCAGAAUCUGGAUGGAGGCGUAGGAGCUGGAGCAGACCAGUAUAUCACGCAAGAUCUGACAUUGUUCUGCGCGAGUGCCGCGUCGUUGUAUUCGAGCCUGGGAAAACCGUUUGUGGAUCUAUGCGUCUUCAAUUACCAGCUCUACCGUUCUCUGGGACCUCUGGCUUUGACUGGUUUGUUAAGCAACUACUUCCUCACGGCGACAGUGCUACGUAAACUCUCUCCACCAUUUGGCAAACUAAAAGCCGUCGAAGGUCGAAGAGAAGGCGAGUUUCGCGCACUGCACUCUCGUCUCAUCGCAAACGCCGAAGAAGUCGCUUUCUACGGUGGUGACGAAAUGGAAAAGCACUUCCUCGAACGUGGUUUCAAGGAUCUUAAACACUGGAUGGAAGGCAUCUACAGCCUCAAGAUCCGGUAUAAUAUGCUCGAAGAUUUUGUCCUCAAAUACUCAUGGUCAGCUUUCGGAUACCUCGUUACGUCGCUUCCCGUCUUCUUGCCUGAAUGGGGCGGUGCAGGAGGCACACCUGAGCUACCUGGAGGCGAGAAGUCACACCGCGAGCGAAGUCGCAUGAAGGACUUCAUCACGAACAAGCGACUUAUGUUGUCUCUUGCAGACGCUGGCGGUCGUAUGAUGUAUAGUAUCAAGGACCUCUCUGAACUGGCUGGCUAUACAUCCCGCGUCUAUACUUUGAUCAGCACACUCCAUCGCGUUCACGCAGAUGCAUACUAUCCUCCGCCCGGUACGCGACCUGAACUUUAUUCCGUCUCUGACGUUCAAGGCACAGUUCACAAGGGUUUUGACGGAAUUCGUCUUGAACACGUUCCAGUUGUUGCCCCAGCCCUGCAUCCAAUGGGCGGCGAAGAACUUCUAGAGUCUCUGUCCUUUAUAGUGCAUUCCGGUGAGCAUCUUCUCAUCACUGGUCCCAAUGGCUGCGGCAAGAGCGCCGUCUCACGCAUAGUCGCCGGUCUCUGGCCCGCAUACCGUGGUCUUGUUAGUCGUCCGCGUAGCAUUGGCGUAGAUGGCAUCAUGUUCCUCCCUCAACGACCCUACCUCUCCACUGGCACCCUCCGUGACCAAGUCAUCUACCCUCAUACCGAUGCCGACAUGAAGGAUGCCGGCCGCCGCGACUUUGAACUUUCCCAGGUCCUCGAAGAGGCGAAACUUGGCUAUCUACCGGACAGGGAAGGCGGCUGGGACACGAAGAAAGUAUGGAAAGACGUUUUCAGUGGUGGUGAGAAGCAGAGAAUGGGCAUUGCAAGAUUACUUUACCAUGAACCGCGGUAUGCGUUUGUGGACGAAGGAACAAGUGCGGUCAGUAGUGAUGUGGAGGGCUUGCUCUACGAACGCGCAAAGGCGAAGGGAAUAACAUUAAUCACAAUAUCUACCCGCGCAUCCCUAAAGCGUUACCACGAUUACACACUGACUCUUGGUAUGGGUGAUCACGGCGAUGAGUGGGACUUCCAACGCAUAGGUACGCAGUCUGAGAAAUCGAGUGUGGAUAAGGAGCUCGCAGAGCUGAGGGAGAGGCUGGCCAAAGUGGAGGAGUGGAAAAAGAGGAGAGAGGAGAUCGAGGCAGAGUUGAACAGAGUGUGGGUAGAAGCCAAAGAUGGAGAAGGCGACGAAGAGAGUCAAGAACUGGCCCCUUCGCCAUAUCUAGAAAGAGAAGAGGAAGACUAUGCGAUCAAUGCAGAUGAUGGUGGUCAGGAAGAGGGGGUCCAGAGUGGCAGUCAAGACACAUCUGCAUCUAUCUAA